GUGUGAGCACGUUGUGGAACAGUGGAAGGGGAGUAGGGAUUACUGACGACCCCGAGGUGAAGGGUGAACACAACCGCGGCAUAGCUCAGAUAUGCCUGCUCCAUGUCUAGGGCAAGGGGACAUGUUCUUCGGAUAUUUGAUGAUGACCUCUCCCCCGCCAUCAUGCCCACUUCUCACCCCGUCAGGUUUCUUCAGACUAUUGACCAUCUAGCUCACCGCCGAACCGUAACACCAUGCUCGCACUCAAGAGCAUGACAGCGGUGCUGUCUGCGGCCGCUUACUUCGGCAUCGUGCUCGCGUCGCCGGCCGGGAAGCCCUCCGUCAAUGCAUCAGCUCGGUUCGACCCACGACAGGCGGGGACCAGCUUCUGGUAUGCCAACAUCGACCACACCAGCGCCAACGUCCGAGGCUAUGCGCCAGAUCUUGAUGGCGACUAUGUGUACGAGGUGUAUCGCGCCGUCAGUCCCGGCGAUGGAGCCAGCAUUCAGGCCGCCAUCAACUCGGCGACCAACGGCAACACCCGGCACGGAAAGUGGUUUGCCAGCCAGCCACGGGUUGUCUACAUCCCUCCCGGCGAGUACCUCAUCAGCAAGACUAUCUACAUGAACACCGACACCAUCAUCAUUGGAGAUGCAAAUACGCCCCCUGUUCUGAAGGCAGCGCCAGGAUUUCCCAGCGACGGCACCUUGUUCUCCGGCCAGGACCCGGCAACAGGCAUCUCGGGUGAACUAUCGUUUGCUGUAGCUCUCAAGAAUCUCGUCCUCGACACCACCAACGUUGCCGGGAACGCACCCUUUGUAGCCCUCUAUUGGGGCGUGGCACAAGCAGCCCACCUGCAAAACGUCAAGAUCCGCAUGCCCUACUCUGUCAACGGUGCUGGCCACACAGGCAUCAGGCUGGGUCGGGGCUCUACGCUCGCCGUGUCGGAUGUGCGCAUUGAAAGGGGCCAGAACGGCAUCUGGUACAACGGCCAUCAGCAGGCCGUUUUCAAGAGCAUCUACUUCUUCCAGAACACAGUCGGCAUGCUCAUCGAUGGCGGUCACACCAUCAGCAUCAUCAACCCAACCUUCGACACUGUCGGGACCGGCGUCCUCAAUACCGGCGGCUACCCCUGGAUCGGACUCAUCGACGCCAAAUCCAUCAACUCGGGCGUCACCUUCAAAACCACCACCUGGCCCAACUACUUGAUCGAAAACCUCAGCAAAGAUACCACCAGCGACGUGGCCCAGGGCCCAGGCACUUUCAUCCUCCCCGGCCAAUCGCACAUCGCGCAAUUCACCUACGCCAACACAGUCAACAGCAACCCCAUCUACCAACCCCUCACCUCUUCCUUCCUCUCCCGUCCGCCCGCCCUCGCCCCAGGAGGCCGGUAUCCGGUCCCACCAGCGCCCAGCUACGCCUCUCUCCCCGUCACCUCAUUCCUCAACAUCAAAGACCCGGGCCAGAACGGCGGCCGGCGCGUGCUGGGCGACAACACGGUCGACGAAUCGGCCACGCUCAACGCCAUCCUCCGCCUGGCCGCAGACCAAAACAAGAUUGCCUACUUUCCCUUUGGCAAGUAUCGCGUCGACUCGACGCUUCUCAUCCCCGCCGGCAGCCGGAUCGUGGGCGAGGCCUGGGCGACCAUCGUUGGGUAUGGGUCUUUCUUCAAAGACGAAAAGAACCCGAAGCCUGUCGUGCAGGUUGGUCUGCCUGGCGAGGUGGGCGUGGCGCAGAUUCAGGAUAUGAGGUUUACUGUGGGGGAUGUGCUCCCUGGCGCAAUCAUUCUGCAGUUCCAUCUGGCGGGGGCCAACCCGGGUGAUGUGGCGAUUUGGAACAGCCUUGUAACGGUUGGCGGCACGCGUGGAGCCAAGCCGCUGACGGAUGCGUGUCGGGAUCCAGCGAACCAGUGCAAAGCUGCGUUUAUGGGCAUGCAUCUGGCCAGGACGUCAAGCGUGUAUGUGGAGAAUGUGUGGAAUUGGGUGGCGGAUCAUGUGGUGGAAGUGCCCCUUGACGGGGGGAGUAGUUUUGCGGCUGGGAGGGGAGUGUUGGUGGAGGCGACCAAGGGGACGUGGUUGCAUGGUUUGGGAUCGGAGCACUGGUGGUUGUACCAGCUGAACUUCAGGAAGGCGGAGAAUGUGUUGGUCAGCCUGCUGCAGAGCGAGACCAACUAUGAUCAGGGGGACAACAACCUUAUGGUGCUGCCUGCGCCGUGGACAGUCGAUGAGGCGGGCUGGGGUGAUCCGACGUUUUCCUGGUGCGGACAGGGGGACAAGAGGUGCAGGAUGGGCCCGGCGAACUACUUCAAUGGCGGCAACGGGAUUCGCACGUAUGCCUCUGCGAGCUGGGCGUUCUUCAGCGGGCCGGGCUAUCAACAGUGCUCCGGGGACUGCCAGAGGCAUAUGCACUUUGUGAAGGAGACGCCGGCCAACCUUCAGGCGUUUGGGUUGUGCAGCAAAGACGCCUACGCAACCUUGAGACUGGCGGACGGGACUGAGGUAGUCACUGCCAAUGGGUUUACGGGGUCGUGGGAAGGAGACGUUGGUCGCUACACUCCAUAGUCAAGGUGGAUCGGGUCAAAUGGAUUGAGUUUAGGUUAUUUUGGCUGUUACAUGUGCAUUCCUGAUCCAAUUCCACAUCUUCGAAGGAAAGUACAGGGCACAUCAAUUAACGGCUUCCUCGAGCGAGUCCGCAUCACAUCGCCAUUCUCCCCCAUAUACACGCCGAUGUUUGUAGCGAGAUUUAAAUUCUCGACAGGGAGACCGAGUACGUCGUUGUGGGUCGCACGUCAGAAUUGGUAGUCGCCGUUCGCAGGUUGAAUUCAUAGGAAGGGACUUGGCGCCGGUACCCGUCGUGUACAUGGGAUAACAGGUUCCUGUAUUUAGCACACCCGGUUGGUCAGAGCUGCCACCUUACCCAGUGUUCUUCGGCAGAAUGGGUUUAACGAAGAGAACGGUCC